AUGGUAGAGGAAGACCUCAGGUACCCUCCACCAAUCCUGAGGCCAGCAUUGCCCACACUGCCAGCACUACCAGUAGAACAGGUAGAGAAAUCAACGCCACCACAAAAUUCACCACAUUCAACGUUAUCUGAUUCUUCACUUCUAACAUCACCAGAAUCAACACCACCACAUAAAUCAACACCGUCAUCAUCAGCAGCACCCGAUUCUUCACUUCUAACAUCACCAGAAUCAACACCACUACGUAAAUCAACAGUGUCAUCAUCAGCAGCAUUCAAUUCUUCACUUCUAACAUCACCAGAAUCAACACCACUACGUAAAUCAACACCGUCAUCAUCAGCAGCACCCGAUUCUUCACUUCUAACAUCACCAGAAUCAACACCACUACGUAAAUCAACAGUGUCAUCAUCAGCAGCAUUCAAUUCUUCACUUCUAACAUCACCAGAAUCAACACCACUACGUAAAUCAACACCAUCAUCAUCAGCAGCACCCGAUUCUUCACUUCUUCACUUCUAA